GCUGCAAACGAAUGGAUGGGAUGAGAGAAAGGAGUAGGAAAGUAAAGCAGCGAGAAGUGAGUAUAGGGGGAGAGAAGUCAGGGGUUCAGCAUGGGGGGGCAGGAGACAAUCAAUGAAUGUUUGGGGAGAAAUGUGAUUGGUUGGGUAAUGAAGCGAGUUGUUGAGAGGGAAAACUAAACGACUGUGGAGAGAAGUGAGUUGUGAGGAGAGGAGUGAGUGAGUGAGUAACUGGCUUAGAAAAAACGAAAUGACAGUGGAGAGAAGCAAGUGGCUAGAGAGAGAAUUGAGUUUAGAAAGCCUAGGUUACAGAUUUUGAAGAAGAAUAACACUGGAAGGGGAGAGGAGAUUGCGAGUGAGGAGAGAAGCAGCAAAGCAGAGGGAGGAGAGAGCGGAGAGCAAGUUAGUGGCAGUGACUGGUCCCUCCCAGCAGUCGGAGCGGGCGGAUAAUAAGGAGGAGGGGGACUGUAAAAGAGCAGCUGAGUGUGAUUGACAGUCGGAGUGUCCUAAUAAGGGAUGGCAAUGGUGUAUAUGUGCGGCGUGUCUAUAGGAGGCCAGUGAGUGGCAGGUGCUACUGUAAGUGCGUGUGUACAGCCCGCUAGCAGCCGGACUCACUGGGGCACCAUGCACUGUCAGGCCGAGCUCCGACUCCCUUCUCCGGGCCACAUCAAAUCAGCCAGGCGGCGCUACAAGUCCUUUAUGAUCGAUGAGAUUCUGUCCAAGGAGACGUGCGAUUACUUCGAGAAGCUUUCCCUGUACUCCGUGUGUCCUUCGCUGUUGGUCAGACCGAGACCUCUGCACUCCUGCACCGGGACAUCUUCACUCAGACCGUACCCUCUUCUAUCAGUAAUUACACGUCAGCCCAAUGUAGUUACCCACAUGGUUCCCACAUCCACGCAUCACCCGGUGCUGUCCCCUACUCACCUCUCACCAGGAUGCACUCGCUCCGAGACCCCAGCCAGUGAAGCCCACCCUAGUAGUGAGUCAGAACAUGAGCAUACCACCUCAAGAGCGAAGAAACCACGGCGCAGCAGAACCAUUUUCACUGAGCUCCAGCUCAUGGGACUAGAGAGGAAAUUCCAGAAGCAAAAAUAUUUAUCUACACCAGACCGGCUGGACUUGGCUCAGUCACUAGGACUCACACAGCUGCAGGUCAAGACAUGGUAUCAAAAUCGUCGGAUGAAAUGGAAAAAAAUUGUCCUUAAGGGUGGACAGGAGGCACCUACAAAGCCAAAAGGAAGGCCCAAGAAAAAUUCUAUCCCAACUUCUGAAGAAAUAGAGGCAGAGGAAAAGCUGAACAAGCUGGCACAGACAGCAGAGACUAAAGUAAAUGAAGAAGAGGAGGAACAAGGCAAAGUCACAGAUAAAGAUUACAUUGUUCACAGUCUUGAGGCGAAUGCAGAAGACAAAUUUAAGAAAUCACAGGCCUCUGGUCCAGCAUUGCAACUUACACCACAGUUAGAUGUCUCACUAAGUGAUAGUGGUUCAUAAGGCUAAAGCAAGAGCCUAGAUUUAGACUGAGAGAACAGUUAUGCCUCCUUUUGGAAGGAGUGUUGGACCUAAACAUUGCAGGAUUUAUCCCACUUACUACACUUUGCUCGGAAUAGGUUAAAGCUGCCAUGUAAUGCAAGAGAUGGAAGUGGGAAUUGCCGUGAAAGAUCCUUAUGGAAUGUAAAUACAAAUGUUGCUGUGUUUUUCGAACAUUUGUUUUUCGAACAAUGUGUAUGGGUUUUUUUUAUUCUUGUGCUGGAAACUAAUAGAUGAAAGAUUCAAGAGGAGGGAGAGGACUUUGUUCACCCAGUGAUACAUAUUAAAACAAAAUCCCUCAAAUGAAGUGCCUUUGGUUUUUACAUGCUAUGAAUCUGGCUUAAAAAAAACUGAUUUUACCAAAUAUAAUUUUUUGAAAAAAUAACUUCUAAAGAAUAAAUGAGCCAAAUGUUUCUAAAUGUUGUCACUCUUAGUUAGUCUGAGACUGAAACUCACAAUAUUGUUCACAAGAACUGCAACAUAUGCAAAGAAAAUAUUUGUAAUGCUAUUUAAUGAUUUGAAAUAGGAUAAAAAUUUAGAUCUUGUGCUUGAAACUGGAAACUGUAGAAAUACUGUUACAAAUUCACAGAGAGGUAAUGUACGUUAGUAAACACUAGGAACACAAAAAAAAUGAAAAUAAUAUAUAAUAUUUUUCAUAAUUUUUUUAGCAUUCUGUCAUAGCAUUAACUAAGUCAAGUCGGAUUUCAAAUCUGUAUUUAUGAAACAAAAGAUUUAGGGGCACAUUUACUUAGGGUCGAAUAGCGAGGGUUAAUUAACCAUCGGUAUUCGACCGUUGAAGUUAAAUCCUUCGACUUUGAAUAUCGAAGUCGAAGUAUUUAGCGAUAUUCGUUUGAUCGAACGAUUAAAUCCUUCAAAUGAAACGAUUCGAAGGAUUUUAAUCCAUAGAUCAAACCAAAUUAUCUCAAUAUGUUCUGCUACAAACUCUGAUCAAAUCCGCUCGGGUUUUUUACGCUUAUUUAUUAUUACAUUUUCCCGAAAAUUUGCUUUGCUUUUAAAAAUCAGAUUUUCACAAUUCUUUCUGAAUUAUCACCCGAAAACUUAAGGGUAUUGCACAAAAUCUAGUGCACAUCAAAAAAUCAUUUUGACUUCUACCAUUAACUUAUUUGCAACCUCGACUGGUCUGAGAUGCCGGAUUUUCAGAU